GGACACAUGUGACCAAGACACCGACCCCGCAACACGUCUAAGCAACACUUAGUCGCAUCGAAAUGGCGGACUCUAUGAAUGAGGAAACGAAGCUGAUGCUCCGCAAGGCGUUCGCGAUGUUCGACGAGGAAAAGACCGGCUUCAUUGAGGCGACGCAGCUCGGGGGAAUCCUGAAGGACCUCGGCCAGACCGUGGAUCCGGACGAGCUCAAGAACACCAUCAUGGAUAUGGAUGUUGAAGGCAAGGCGCUGUCGGAGAACAAGGUCACCUUCGAGCUCUUCGUGAACAUCGUCGGGGUCUUCCUCCAGGACGAGGACGAUGAGGCGAUGGCCGAGGAGCUCAGGGAAGCUUUUCGGCUCUACGACAAGGAAGGAAACGGCUACAUCACGACACAGACGCUGAGGGAGAUUAUGAAAGAGCUCGAUAACAAACUGACGGAGGAUGACCUGGACGGGAUUAUCGACGAGGUUGACGAAGACGGCUCAGGAACCGUAGACUUUGAUGAGUUUAUGGAGAUGAUGACAGGCGAAUAAACUGGAUUCCUGCAUUAUCAUCCUAAGUUCUUUUCUUUAACUUUAUCUUCUAUGUCAAACCCUAAAAAAAAUCAAUACUUUAAAAUGUUCUUGACUUGUUUUUUGUUUUCUUUUAAUUACUCUGUGUUAUUUCAAUUCGCCAUUUCCCAAAGAACUCAUGUGUUAAAAAGAUAUCCAAAACUGUACAUAAGAAAGAAAGUGUUAGAGAGAGAGAGACGGAGCUAUGUCAUUCAAAAUUUAGUAUUUCUUUCAUUUCAUGAUAUUAAAUAUCCAUUUGUGUUAGAAAAUCCAGAUCUCUGAAUAAAUUUCUAAUUUCUUAAAUAAUAGGAAUGUGAAUGAGAAAAAGGGACCGUAAAUGCAUUAUGAAAUAUUGUUACAUGGAAACAUGAUACUGACAUCACAGUUUUCCAGCAAUGACAGCUCCAUACGUUUCCAAACCUUAAUCAUUUCAUAAUAAUUAAAUGCGGCGUUAUAUCAAUUAACUGAUGUUGAAUUCAUAAGAAACGAAAUUAAAUUCAUAUUUUCCUUAUCCUUUAUUUGCAUUAUGUAUUUUUUUUU